AUGUCCAUCAGCCUUGAACUAGGCCGUCUUGGCCUCGCUGUGCCGUCUUCGGGUGUAUUCGCCCGGCUCACCAAUCUCUUCCUGAAUCGUGUCCGGCUACAUGGUCCGUCAAUGCUUGGUGACGCUGUCUCCUGGCCACGGUGCCCAUCCCUGCGGAGACUCAUCGUUCAUAAUGCUGACGGUGUGCGCAACUUCGCAAUCCACUCCGAUUCUCUCCUACAAAUGGAGCUGAGGAAUCUCCGGUCAGAUAAUGCCCUUGAUCUGGGCAACUUCACCAUUCGUUCAGACUCUCUACUGCGAAUGACUCUGUCGAGUCUGCGUGGCUUGGAGCAGCUCACUGUGAUGGCGCCGGCACUCCAAUUUCUGAGUGUGAGCUCCUGCAUUUCUUAUAGUUUGAGAAAUAAUCAACCGGCUGCAAACAUCUCGGCCCCUCAGCUGAUAUCCCUCCAGUGGAAGGAUGAUUAUCAUCCAAACUACACCCAGCUUAAAAUGGAAAAUCUAGAACGGCUGAGUGCCCACCCUUUUUACGUAUAUGGACAAGAGUCGCACAAGACGUUCAAUAGUAAUUGUACGAGGCUUCUACGGCGCUUUGAGGUCAUCGGGGUUCUCAAAUUAAUGCUUCUCUAUCUGCCGGGAAUUACUAACCAUGAGUACUUGAUGGAAGACAUUAAAAAGAUCCCAAACACUUCAUUAAUGGUCCUGGAAAUAGUGGCAAAUGGACAUUCCUUUGGAGCCAGUUCAUUCCAUGUCCUCAGCAUGUGUAUUGGUGUCAGGAGGCUUCUUCUUAAACUUGUUGACGCACCUAGCCAUCUGGUGGUACAGACUGGAUGCCCAUCAGGUUGUGUUUGUGAUCAGCCACCAAACUGGAAAAUCGAGGAACUCACGCUGUAUUGCCUUCGAGAAGUAGAGAUCCACAACUUGAGAGGAACUGAACAUGAAACUGCUCUUAUGAAACGGUUAUUCCGUUGGGCAACAGUGCUAGAAAAGAUGACAGUAACUUUUCAUUGCUCAGUCGCUGAAAGCAAGGCCAAGGAGUUCUGCCAGAUGCUUCAAAGCUUCUGUAGGCCAGAAAUAUCUAUGAAGGGGCAACGCUUCGCCUAA